AGCAUUAGAGGCUACGCGCAGCCGUCGCGCUACACAAGAGACGCGCGGGGUGCUACGCCAGCGACAGACGCUACGAGGCACCUGCUACGCCUGGGAUCUAGAAAAAUGUGUUAGUAACGUAUGAAUGAAUGAAGGAAGCCGGGCAUCAGCAAUGCAAGGGCUACGAGCCGCGAAGGACAAGGCCUCCGGCCUGCUCGCCAACAAACACCUUAUACUCAAGAACUCCCAGUAUGAAAACUUCCAUGUUGAACAGAAGGGUUAUGAUCAGAUGUACGAUGGCGAAGAUCUGGAAACUCCACCAUCUCCCGAUCGACCUCCUCCGCGACCUAUAGAUAAGUAUGUCCGCGCCGAGUGUCCAUGCCUCACGGCGCGGUAUACUGUUGCCCUGCUAGCGUGUUUCGGCUUUAGUAUAAUGUUCGGCAUGAGGUGCAACAUGAGUAUGGCAAAGCUCAAGAUGACUGAGAAACAUAACACUACAUCCGGUGUCAAAGAAGAUACACCUUUCGAAUGGAACGUGGAAGUAGAAUCUUCGAUUGAUUCGUCAUAUUUCAUUGGAUACCUUAUCACUCAAGUGCCCGGAGGCUUUUUUGCAUCUAUGUAUCCAGCAAAUAAGAUAUUUGGCGCUGCAAUUGCUAUGUCAGCAAUUUUCAAUAUGGCUAUACCUGGAGCUAUGUCUGUCGGACCCGCUGCUGUUGUAUUAAUAAAAGUUGCACAGGGAUUUGUUGAGGGUGUUACAUAUCCAUCGUGUCAUGGUAUUUGGAGAAUGUGGGCACCUCCAUUGGAGCGGUCUAGGUUAGCAACUCUGGCCUUCUGCGGUACUUACGCCGGAAUUGUCAUCGGCAUGCCUCUUUCUGGGUUGCUUACUGAUUAUAUUGCUUGGCAAGCUCCAUUCUACUUUUAUGGAGUAUGUGGUGUAAUUUGGUAUGUAAUGUGGCUGUGGCUUGUAUUCGAACGACCAAGCAAACAUCCCCACAUUUCUGGAAAGGAGCUGACAUAUAUUGAACAGUCAUUAGGUACUGCAACACAAGCUGCUAUGCCUGGCUUUUGGGCAACACCAUGGAAAGCUUUUGCUACUUCGCCACCCGUAUACGCGAUUAUUGUUGCUAACUUCUGUAGAACAUGGAACUUUUGUCUGCUAGUUAUUUUUCAAUCUGCAUAUUUUAACACGAGGUUUAAUAUGCAAAUUACUGAGUCUGGAUUCGUAGGAGCGAUACCUCACUUGAUCAUGACGUCCCUAGUACCCAUUGGUGGCAUGCUUGCUGAUUACCUUCGCAAGAGCAAUAUUAUGACUACUACAAACGUGAGAAAGCUAUUCAAUUGUGGAGGAUUCGGCCUUGAGGCUUUCUUCUUCGUUCUUGUGGCCUACGCAAACAAUAAGUAUGUAGCAACUAUAGAAUUGACGUUGGGAGUGGCGUGCAGUGGUUUCGCUAUAUCUGGGUACAACGUAAACCACCUGGACAUUGCACCACGAUACGCUUCUAUCCUGAUGGGUCUAUCUAAUGGCAUCGGCACUAUCGCUGGGUUCCUUGUACCGAUUGUCAUAGAUUACAUGACACAAGAAAGGUACAAGUUGGAGAAAGCAAUAACCGAAUGGCGAGACGUCUUCCUCAUGGGUGCGACUGUACAUUUUAUUGGCAUAACUAUCUAUGGUAUUUUUGCUUCUGGUGAGCUGCAGCCGUGGGCAGAACCAACUCCACCUUAUGAACCUCCUAUCAAAUCUAUGGAUCAUGAGACUACCUUUACGGAACCUCUGAAAGGAAGCGAGCCUCCCGCAUACGGGGCCAUCUCCGCGCCUCCUCGUCCUCCAGCGCCUCAGCAACAUGUCCCAAACAAUCCAUUCGUUUCUGGAGCGUUUUAUCAGACAGAGCCCGUUCAGCCACCCGCGGAUCCUUAUCAGGAUCUUACCGACGACGGUACUUACUAGACUUAUCGUAAACCCUAUGUAAUCAGUCAUGCGACAGCAGUUCUCUCACUUUUGUACUAGAUAGGUAGAAAAUUAUUACUGUUCAAUAAAUACAAUGAUUUAUUAGCUUGUAAAAAUAUCAAUCAAAUAAUUUAGUGUAAUAUUAGCUUAAUAUCAUAUUUGUGUACCUACCUGUUUUCAGAAUGUUGUAAGUUUCAAUAUAUUUUGUAGGUAACAUCUGAAAUGUUAAUUCAUCGUUGUAUUAUGAUGAGCCUAAGGAUUGAAAAGUCAUAUAUGUACGUGUACGUAGGUUAUAUUGGAUAUAAUUUCUUGGCUAAAUACUAACUAAAAUUUCUGAAUAAUUUUAUUUGUUUUGAUAAUAAGUUCAUUAAUUUGAUUGCAACAUAAUAAUAACAUUUAUUUUUAAUUUCAAUAUGAGCGUUUCAGUCCUAGUUCAUUGUAAAACCACGAUCUUGAAAGUAUUAAUUUUGCAUAGAGACUGCCAAAUGUUAUUAGAUUUAUAUGUUUUUGUGUUUGUUAUUAAAUAUUAUUAAUUUUUAACAUUAUACUUGUACAUGUGUAUAUAAAUUACAUUGGCAUAUCAUCUCUAUUGUUAAUGCUUUACAGUUCGUUAUUGUCUUUUAAAGAGAAGCUAAGGCCCAAUUUACCUCUGGCUCCAUGCGGUGGGUACUUCGGUUAUAAUUUCUAUAAGUAUUGUUUACUUCCACAGUUCAAUAAAAUUGAUGACUUGAUUUCUUCAAAUCGUUCUUAAGUGUUUAUAAAAUAUUUAAGAUGUAACUGUUUGAAAUUCAGUACUUACUGUACUUAAUAACUUCAAUGAAUGUACCUACGUAUAUUGCAAUAGGAGUAGAAAAUUAAUAAAUACGUUAAUUACAAGGGAAGAAAUGUAAU